UACAGUUGUCAUAAUGACUAUUUCACAGAGACAGAGAAUGAAAACGUAAAGGGGAAGCUGUUGACAUUUUAGUCACUGACGUCUUGGACAGUUGCUGCAUGUUGUCAUUUAUUAUGAUACACACACAUUUUUAAGCCUGAACGAAUCUUAAUCUGUGACAUUAGGAGCAUGCGCUGCUAUAAAGCGCUACCAAUAAAACGGCGAACUGGUAAUACAAGAGCCUUUCAUUUAAAAGACAGCGGGCGAUGGAGCUUUGGGGACAGAUAGUUAGGUGUGCGAGAGAGUGAAAUACCAAAGGACAUAAUAAAGGCGUGCUAGCGACGUGUCAAUAUAAAACAGAGUAGAGAAAGGCCGGCGUUCUUUCUGGGGGCUAGUCUUGUGUAAUUUGCAUUUCUGUUUGACGCGGCGCAGUUGUUCGACGAACAGUCACAGCAGACUCCACAAGAGAGCUUAUCGUGUAAAACGCCGGCGGCUGCUGCUGCUGUCAGUGCCUGUAGAUCGCCAGCCAGGACCUCCCCGCCUCCUCCGCUACAACCACCACCACCUCUUUGUCCUCCUGCUAUUCCUGCUUCUCCUGUGCGGAGCGCUCUGGGGAUACACGCCUCACCCUGGUCUUCCUUCAGGCAUUUUACAGUAUUUUUAAAGGGAUACUUGCACUUUCUGGGCCAAGAGGGUGUAAUUAUUUUCGUGCAUUCACUCUGCCCGCUAAAUUCACAGAGCCAUGGCCGGGCCAGAACAGGUUCAUGAACAGGUAGAUGACAGUACGGACCAAAUAGAUGAUGCGGAGCUGGCACUCCAAGGAAUCAACAUGCUCCUUAACAACGGCUUCCGAGAGAGCGACGAGCUCUUCAAGAAAUACAGAAAUCAUAGUCCACUGAUGAGUUUUGGAGCCAGUUUUGUCAGUUUCUUGAAUGCCAUGAUGACAUUUGAAGAAGAGAAAAUGCAGAUGGCAUCCGAGGAUCUGAAGACUACUGAAAAACUAUGUGAAAGUGAUGAAGCUGGAGUCAUUGAAACAAUCAAGAAUAAAAUUAAAAAAAGUGUGGAUACUCAGAAGGCCGCUCUCUCAAUGAUUGAUCGACUUCAAAGACAAAUCAUUGUAGCCGAUUGUCAAGUUUAUCUGGCUGUACUGGCCUUUGUGAAACAGGAACUUUCAGCUUACAUCAAAGGAGGAUGGAUCUUGCGGAAGGCCUGGAAGAUUUAUAAUAAAUGUUACAGUGACAUUAAUGUACUGCAGGAAGCAUGUCAAAAGAAGAAUUCUCAGGAAUCACUGACGUCAGACAGGGCAAAUGACAAUGCCAUGGCUGCAAACUGUGUAUCAGUUGAAUCACUGAACCGACUUAAAGGCUCUGUGAGCUUUGGUUAUGGACUUUUUCACCUCUGUAUUUCUAUGGUGCCUCCCAACCUGCUUAAAAUUAUUAAUUUGCUGGGUUUUCCUGGAGACAGACUACAGGGACUGGCAUCGUUGAUGUAUGCAAGUGAAAGUAAGGACAUGAAGGCACCUCUAGCUACGUUAGCCCUUCUCUGGUAUCACACUGUGGUUCGACCGUUUUUUGCACUGGACGGGACUGACACGCAAGCUGGAUUAACAGAAGCGAAGGAAAUCCUGGAAAAGAAAGAAGCGGUUUAUCCAGAUUCCUCACUUUUUAUGUUUUUCAAGGGAAGGGUUCAGAGAUUAGAGUGCCAAAUUAACAGUGCCUUGACUUCAUUUCAUAAUGCUUUGGAACUUGCCACAGAUCAAAGAGAAAUUCAACAUGUAUGCCUCUAUGAAAUCGGGUGGUGCAGCAUGAUAGAGCUGAAUUUCAAAGAUGCCUAUGAGUCUUUUGAACGACUGAAAAAUGAAUCGAGAUGGUCUCAGUGCUACUAUGCCUAUUUAACUGCAGUGUGCCAGGGAGCUGCAGGUGAUUUGGAAGGGGCAACGCUUGUUUUUAAAGAGGUUCAGAAACUUUUCAAACGGAAGAACAAUCAGAUUGAACAAUUUUCUUUGAAAAAGGCAGAGAAGCUAAGAAAACAGUCUCCCACGAAGGAAUUAUGCAUUCUGGCUGCUAUUGAGGUGCUGUAUCUGUGGAAGGCACUUCCUAAUUGCUCAUCUUCCAAACUUCAGCACAUGAGCCAAGUUCUUCAAGAAGUGACUGACCCUUCAUAUGCUGGAUUAAAACACUUGUUACUUGGUGCCAUUCACAAAUGUUUAGGUAACUUCGAAGAUGCUAUCCAGUUCUUCCAGUUGGCAGCAAGAGAUGAGCUGGGUAGGCAAAACAAUUACUACAUCCAGCCUUACUCGUGUUAUGAACUUGGCUGCAUUCUUGUUGAAAAUCCAGAGACUACAGGGAGAGGACGAACAUUACUUCUUCAAGCCAAGGAAGAAUUUGCUGGCUAUGAUUUUGAAAACAGACUGCAUGUUCGGAUUCAUGCCGCACUGGCAUCCAUAAAGGAAGUUGUCCCGAAAUGACAUCCCAGCUCUUCUGAAAAACACAUAGAACUCAGAGUCUGCACUUUAUGAUGUGCGAAGCACUGAAAAUAAAUAAAAAUCCCGGCUUUAUUUAUGGAAGCCAUAAGUACAGAUGUACAUUAAAAUGUAUUCCUGGUGUUGGCAUCAAUUCUAGCUCAUAUAAUAACAGAAGAGUUUUAUCAAGAUGUCCUCAGCAUUUUAGACUGAGGAACUGUCAUAAAAUCCUUUCCACAAUAGUUUAUGAAGUGCCCUUGAUUACGUUGAUCUGAUAAUCAUUUGCUCCAAUGUUUCCUUUAUUACUGUUUCUCUCUAAAUCAAAUAGGUUUAUGAAAAGCACAUAUUUAAUUAGUUAUUUGUGUUCAUCUGACAUUCAAGCAAUUAAUCUGUGAAAUUUGACAUUUUUAUCUCUUUAGCCAAAUAUAUUUUGCACUAAAGAAGAAAAAGAAGCUUUGGAUAUUGUGUAACUCCUGAUGAGAUAUCAUCUUUAUCAUUUCAUUUGUGUUUAUUUAUUUAAAGGAUAUAGACUCAUCGGCAAUACCUGACUCUUAAUCACCUAUGGCUGCCCUUAAAGGGGCUGCAAGGAUGUUUUCUUCAAACUAGGUGGACUUUAAAAAAAUCAUAUAAAUUGUAUAGUUUUAUCUACAAAAUGAAAAUCAUUUCAAAGUAACAGAAUUUUUUAGAGUCUUAAUAGAAUAGCGCUCUUAAACUGAAUUCAGGUUUGAAAAUGUCAGUUGCUGGAGUUUUUAAUAAUUAUUUAUUGAAAAUGAAAAUCCUUUUUACAGAAUGUGAAUCGAGUUGACUUGUUCCCCACCUACUUGACUUAGUUUAUCAAUGUGUACUGAUAUUCUUUAUAUUUAUGGACAAUGAAGGCAUAACAUGCAUUUCUCUUUGGAUAUUUAGAAAUGUAGAAUGGAUCAUGAGAAAAAACAGUGACCUUGAAGAGACAAGAAUGCCAUUUUGACAGGUUUCACUUCAGAAAAAGGCAAAAUCGGUAAUCCAUUUUGAAUACCCAAAGCCAAAAUAUUUCAGGGUAGUGGUGGGCUUGUGUUUCAGAAGAGAUUACAGAUAUGUGUGAUCAAAAGAAGCAUUGGCCAUUAAAGUCAGGUUGGAAAAGUGCAAUACAAAAGGGUAAAUCUUAUCAAAUAUGCAGUUUUGCAAACCAGUUCACACAAAAUUGUGAAUUCAGACAUAAAUACUACCAUUGCAUAACACUUCACAGUAAAUCUGUUUUUGUUUGGAGCUAACUGGUGUGUAUCGUAGAUUUUAUAAAACAUCACAAAUUAUUAAAUUCACUUAUUUGCGGGGUCAUAUGCACCAUUAAACCAAACAUACAUGUUCAUUCAUGUUCAUAUUUUGUAGCUUCACAUGAAACCUGGAAGAGCCAGUAGCUGUAAAUAGAUCACUUAUUUCAAGGUUGCGCAACCUAAAUGAAUAUAGGCAUUUAUACACAAGAUGUGGAUGUGUGAAUCCAAUUUGUUAAGUUUUUUUUUUUUUCCUGUCUUACAUUGUUUACAGUUUUAUCUAAAGAAUGCCCGCUGUCUGGGCGUUCUCUACUUUUAAUCACAAAAUAGUAGAGUUAGAAAAUCAGUGGUAUCUAGUUUUGGCUACAUACCUUUGCUGCUUCAGCAUGCUGUCAAGACAUCCUUUAUAGGUCAUGAUCAAACAUAAUAUAUAUCCCAGGUAUCUAAUCUUUAUAUUUUAAAGGUAUGAUUAGUGUGUGUAUUUAUCCAUCCAUUGUCAUACUUGUUUAAUCCAGUCCAUGGUGACAUGUUCCAGUGUCCAGUCCAACUGCACUUGGCACAAGGCCAAACAAAGCUGGAUGGGGUGCCAAUAGGAUGGACCCGUAGUUUCAAAUUCUCCCUUCCACACAGAGGGAUAUGUUAUUGAUCCCCAAGGGGACAUUCACUUGCUGAGGCUGCAACAUGGAACACACAUAGACAGUGUGUCUAACCAAAGUCACCAGAUGAUAAUGUUCAAAUAAGUGACAGUGUUUAAGUUUGGAACAGUGACUACUUCGACUAGGAGCCAGACUCAUACUCAGUCAGUUGUAACAAUACUGUAUGUUCAUUUGUGAGGCAAUUCUGGAAUUGGCUUUGUAAUGAAAUUCAAGAAAAAUUUAUUUUCAAUGUUUCUGCACCACUUUUGCACAUUUUAUCACACAUCAUAUAAAGAGUAAAAGCAAUCUACCCAUUUCAGAAGUACUGACAUUUUUACACAUCAAGUGCAUUAUUGCCAAGAAACACUGUACAUUAAUGAAUUUCCUGGUACAAUUUCAAACGGAAAUAAGAAUUUUUAAAAAAAUCAGAUUUUGACUUUGAAUGCAAACAAGUAAUUCUGUUCAUACUGUAUCAUGAAACUGCGUUAAUGUCAUAAAAAUGAAUGCAACAUUAUUUUUCAGUUAGGUAUUUUAAUUUUUCGCUUGAAAAUGCAUUAGGAGCAGAGCCAGCUGCUGCUUGAUUUAAAGGCUACGCACGUUUACUCAUGUGUUACAUGUAUUAUCACAGCACCGACCUAUCAUACUUUAUUACUAGGACACUUUUAAGAAAUGAAUUACAUUUGUAACGAGUUAGAGAUAUAAGGAGGACAUCAACAAUUGACCUUCUUAAUAAACACCCAAUGAAAACAGAAAGGAAACUAAAAUGGCUACAAUGUAUGUAGUUUUAACUUUGUUUAUUCAUUUCAUUUUAGCAGUGUGUACUUGUUCUCAUUUUAGAGGAAAAGCUUCUCUUUAGCUCUUCUUUCAUGGCCACUACAGGAUAAUUUAUUCAGAUUUAUAUGAACUAGCAGUAGGACAUCAAUACUUCGCCUUAGAUAAUAGCCAGACUCAUAAAUGGCCUGGAAUGUAGGUGCAGUGAAACACUAGUCCAUGAGUUGAAUUAUUCAGCAACUAGAAUUUAAGUCAUUAUCAUUAAACAAAAUAUGGCUUACUGAAGCCAAAUAUGCGUGAUGGCUAUUGAUAGUGACAAGGUGGCUCCAAUGAAGUAAAGAGUUUAAACCUGUCAUCGAAUCACAGGUUGAACUGGUUUUAAUUCUCUCCAUUGAACAUACAAUGUAGGCUUGUCCAUACUUGGAUACUUACCAACGUCAUUUGCCGUGUUUUCUGCAAGUUAAAUUGAUGACAAAGUACAGGUUAACUUUGUUUUGGAGGAGAAUGAUGUAAAUACUGUAAAUUAAAUUAGAAUGAGGCUGGGUAAACUGAUAGCUUAACCCAAAAUGAUGCAGACCCAUUCCUAUAGUCUCAUUGAAGGCUCGUCAGCCUUCCAUUGAUUUUUUUAAGCUACGCACCUCAAGAACUUUUAGGCGCUGUAAUUUUAAUUUAUAUCGUAUAAGUGAUAUAUUUUAAACAAUGUAGUUUUUAUAGAAGAGCACAUGUUCCUAAUGCUCUCUGUUUUACUUUUCCAGGACAUUGACAAGUGGUUUGUAAUAAGCCCAAGGGACAAGUGAGUGGUUUGCACAUUUUAUUAAGAUCUUUAACACUGAUUAAUUUAUCAAUAGUACUAUUUGAAAUAGAAUUAGUCGAUUGGUCUGAGGUCAGUGUCUCUUUGUGCACCACUCCUUCAGGAAAGAAUCCAUCCCUUUGUUUUUUUUUACACAGGCCAAAAAGAAAUUUGCAACACGUGGCCAGGCUUUAUUUUAAAGGUGUGCUGCUAGGAGGAGAAAAAUUCAAAGUUGUUAUUGAUGUCUUUGCUAGUUAAAAACAGAUAGAUACGUUAUUCCACUGGACUUGGCUUUGAGGCAUAAUUCUCACAUCCAUGACAUCAUUUAACUGAUCUCCCCAUCAUUUUUAAAGUAGUUAACAUACCUUACAUUUUAGAGAAGCAAGGUUUUCCUAAACUUAGUUGAGCAAUACGGGUGCAUCUUGAGUGGCAUUGCUGCCUCAGUGCAGUUGAACCCUGGUUCUGUUCCCAGUAGAGGUACGCAGUUUGCUUGCUUUCCUCUUGUUUGCGGGGUCUCAAACCAUUCUGUUAGGUCACUUGGGAGCGUUAGAUUGGUCGAGUGUCUUUUGACAGACUGGCAUCCUGUUUGGUGAUCGUUCCUGUGCUGUGCACCACAACCAUACUCUAGAAAAUGUGUCCUUAGAAGUGGAUAGGCAAAUUUCUAGAAACUGACUUUAACUUUCCUUUUUUCCCACAUUAAGACAUUUUUCCCAUCAUAAAAAUGGUUGUGUUGAUUGUUUAGGGUACUUACAAUAUCUGGUUAUUUUGAUUCAAGAAGAAAUUUUAUAAACAGAUAUAUUGAACCUCUUUUUUCAAAUAUUGCAAAUCAUUGGCCAUCUUUAUUUAUAGAAGUGCCACUCUCCCCAAAUGCUGUUAUUAAUGAUAUGAUAGAGUGCUGAAACUCAAACCGGGGGAUUUGCAUUUAGGACUGAAGCCAGAAAGCACUUGUCUACACAAAGAGUUGAGGGAGUCUGGGAGAAACUACCGAGACAUGUAGUCGAAAACUUCACAACCUUCAAGAAGAAUCUGGAUGAGAUGUUGGGACAGCUUGGCUAUUAGCUAAACCAACAAACUUGAUGGACUGAAUGGUCUCAUCUUGUUUGUCAAAUUUUGUAUGUUCUUAUAUUCAAAACCAUUUCACGUUGCUAAUUUGUUCUUAUAUUUUCAAUAGCAUGAUUUUUAAAAAAUUUGUUCUUUGUAAUAAUUUAGAGAUCAUCUUAAAAGAUUUAAGUGGAAGUGUUUCGUGUUACCUUGUUUCCAGUAUAAACUCCCAGGCACAAGACACUUCUCCUUAUUUGUUUUGGAAAACACUUUAUUCACAUUAAGAGCAAUAAUCGGGACAGUGUCCCCUUUGAGCAUCUGUAAUAUUACUCAAAAAAAUUCAAUUAAUUAAUGUUUUGUAAUGGAAGAUAAGAUGGCAGGUGUCCUACUGCUUAGCACUAGAUAUUGCAGUCCCAGUUAUUGUUUUUGUUGAGGUUCUGUGGUCUCCUAUGUCUCCAUUGUUUUUUCUCCCACCUCCCAAAGAUAAACAUAAUUGUUUAAUCUCUAAAUUGCCCAAAGUGAAUGACCCUGUCCAGGAUGCUGCUGGCUGCUGUGAUCCUAUAAUUGGAUAAACAAGUUUUAAAAUCGAUGUUGCUGCCUCCCAGCUCCAUGACUUUGCCUCUGUGUUCACCCGCUAACUGUGCCCACACAGGUACUCCAGUUUCCUCCCUCCAGGUGACUCUGAAUUGGUCCAGAUGUGAGUUUGUGUCCUGCGGUGGAGUGGCCACUCCUGCAUGAGUACUGCAGCAUUCUGAAAUGGACGAAGCGGGUUCAGCGCAGUGGACGGAAGGAAGUCUCACUUCCAGGGAACUGCAGUAUAGGUGAUUUUUAAAUACCUCAGUUUACAUAAUCCAAAUGUCAAGUGAAUAACAGCAUAAAAAAAUACAAGUACUUAUAGCAGACAAUAAGGAAUUAUUUAAUUAUUUAGUUAAAUAAGAGGUAGCCUGUCAAUUUUAAAGUUAGUUUUUUAUGAAAUUCUUCACUUCAGUAGUGGAUUCAGUAAUUUCUAGUGCAUGCCAUUUAUCAGUCAAUGUCUCUUUGAAGUUAAAUUUCACUGUAAACCUUUAUAAAAUAACCACAGCAUUGAUUGUGUCCAAAACAAUUUAACUCUCUGGGAACAUAAAUAGAAUUGCAAAGCCCAAGAUUAGAAGAUGUGAAUGGAGUCACACCUUUGAUAAGUGCUGUACAAAAUCUACAAGUAACAGGGUAGAUCUGUCACGAGGUGGUGGUCCUCGUGUACUUGGAGGUGUGAUUAAGACAAUUCUGUACCUUGGCAGCGUGUUAAGGUGAGAUGUGGUCACUUUAGGAGCGAGCGGCUUGGUGAAAUGACAGAUGGCCUAGCCUUUACUCCUUGCUGAAAUGUAGAAGUGCGCAGUUGUAUUUGUUGCCAAAUGCAGGGGCUAUUUAUGGUGAUUUUUAGUAGACAAUCUUUGAAUAAUCCUGAGUAAUGAACCCUUGUAUAUUUUCUUGUAAAUUGAAUCAACUGUAUCAAUGUGUGGAUGUGUUAGAUAGUUAAACAAUGAUGACUGUUAUAUCAUCAAUAUGUAGCUAUAAAACAAUAAUGUGUUGACUAAUUUUGUUUAAAAUAAAAUCAAAUUGCUUAAAUUUUUA